GGAUGGUGUUUGCGUAGAGGAAGUUUUGUUUUGCGAGUUUUCCGUCCGUUUCGACUGACUGAGUAUUUAGUUAAUGCGCUUAAAAGAACACGAAAUGAUAUUAGUGUGAUUAACAUUGCCGGUAACCGCUCAAGUGUUCAAGGAGUGAAUAAAAGCCUGAGCUGUUUGAAGCGGCGGAAGUCAACACUUCAGAGUAACCCGAGAGCACCUUGCUGCUAAGCUAACGUUACCUAUACAGUUAGCGCGGCUAGCGUUAUCUUCUGGUCUGUGUUGUGUUGAAGGGGCUCUACGAGCUAACGAAGCCAUGGGGAACCGGGGCAUGGAAGACCUGAUUCCCCUCAUCAACAAGCUUCAAGACGCUUUCAGCUCCAUUGGCCAGAGUUGCAAUUUAGACCUUCCUCAAAUUGCUGUGGUCGGUGGACAGAGCGCUGGAAAAAGCUCAGUCUUGGAAAAUUUUGUUGGCAGGGACUUUCUUCCACGUGGAUCAGGCAUUGUUACCCGUAGACCUCUCAUUUUGCAGCUGGUCAACAAUAAAGCAGAAUAUGCCGAAUUCCUGCACUGCAAAGGGAAGAAGUUUGUGGAUUUCGAAGAAGUGCGGUCGGAAAUUGAGGCAGAGACCGACAGGAUAACAGGCUCCAACAAAGGCAUCUCUCCUAUCCCGAUUAACCUGAGGGUGUACUCCCCACACGUGCUGAACCUGACCCUGAUCGACCUCCCGGGAAUGACUAAGGUUGCUGUUGGAGACCAGCCUGUAGACAUCGAGCACCAGAUCAGGGACAUGCUGAUGCAGUUCAUCACCAAGGAGAGCUGUCUGAUCCUGGCCGUCACCCCUGCAAACACUGACCUGGCCAACUCGGAUGCUCUGAAGAUUGCCAAGGAGGUGGACCCACAGGGUAUGCGUACCAUUGGCGUUAUAACAAAACUGGACCUGAUGGAUGAAGGGACAGAUGCAAAGGACAUCCUGGAAAACAAACUGCUGCCACUGCGUAGAGGCUACAUUGGUGUGGUGAACCGCAGCCAGAAAGACAUUGAUGGGAAGAAGGACAUUCGCGCUGCUCUGGCUGCAGAGAGGAAAUUCUUCCUUUCUCACCCUGCCUACAGACAUAUAGCAGAGCGCAUGGGCACGCCACAUCUACAAAAGACACUCAACCAGCAAUUGACCAACCACAUCAGGGACACCCUGCCUGGUCUGCGCAGUAAGCUGCAGAGUCAGCUCCUCUCCCUGGAGAAGGAGGUGGAGGAAUACAAGAACUUCCGUCCAGAUGACCCAACACGCAAGACCAAGGCCUUGUUGCAGAUGGUGCAGCAGUUUGGUGUGGACUUUGAGAAGUGCAUUGAGGGCUCCGGGGACCAGGUGGACACCAAUGAGUUAUCGGGUGGCGCCAAGAUCAACCGCAUCUUCCAUGAACGCUUCCCAUUCGAACUGGUCAAGAUUGUGUUUGAUGAGAAGGAGCUGAGGCGGGAAAUCAGUCACGCAAUCAAGAACGUCCAUGGAGUCAGAACGGGGCUGUUCACUCCAGACCUGGCGUUUGAGGCCAUCGUGAAAAAGCAGAUCGUUAAGCUGAAAACGCCCUGUCUCAAAUGUAUCGAUCUGGUCAUUCAGGAGCUCAUCAACACAGUCAGGCAGUGCACCAACAAGCUCAGUUCGUACCCCAGACUGAGAGAGGAGACUGAGAGGAUUGUCACCACCCAUGUCAGAGAAAGAGAAGGGAAAACCAAGGACCAGGUUCUGCUGCUGAUUGACAUUGAGCUGUCCUACAUCAACACCAACCAUGAGGACUUCAUUGGCUUUGCCAAUGCCCAGCAGAGGAACACAGCAGCAAACAAGAAGAGGGCCAUACCCAACCAGGGUGAGAUUCUGGUGAUCAGGAAAGGCUGGCUAACCAUCAACAUCAGCAUCAUGAAGGGAGGCUCCAAGGAGUACUGGUUUGUCCUGACCGCUGAGUCCCUGUCCUGGUACAAAGAUGAGGAGGAGAAAGAAAAGAAGUAUAUGCUGCCACUCGAUAACCUGAAGCUCAGAGAUGUGGAGAAAGGCUUUAUGUCUACAAAGCACAUCUUCGCAAUCUUCAACACUGAACAGAGGAACGUGUACAAGGAUCUUCGCCAAAUAGAACUGGCCUGCGAUUCUCAAGAGGAUGUGGACAGCUGGAAAGCGUCCUUCCUCAGGGCAGGAGUUUAUCCGGAGAAGGACCAGACGGAGAAUGAAGAGGCGGCCCCUGCAGACACGUUCUCUAUGGACCCUCAGUUGGAGCGGCAGGUAGAAACCAUCCGCAACCUCGUGGAUUCGUACAUCGGCAUCAUCAACAAAUCCAUCAGAGACCUCAUGCCCAAGACCAUCAUGCACCUCAUGAUCAACAAUGCAAAGGAUUUCAUCCACUCUGAGCUGCUGGCCUACCUCUACUCAUCUGGGGACCAGAACAGCCUCAUGGAAGAGUCUGCUGACCAGGCCCAGCGAAGAGACGAAAUGCUGCGCAUGUAUCAUGCACUCAAGGAGUCACUGCACAUCAUUGGUGACAUCAGCGCCAAUACCGUUUCCACCCCAGUACCACCGCCUGUAAAUAGCACCUGGAUCCAAGAUGCCAGCCCAACCCCUCAGCGCAGGCCACCUCCUUCAGCAGCCCCGCCCCCCAGCCGUCCACCUGCUGUUCGGGGCUCAACACCAGGACCACCCUUGAACCCUACUCCUGCCUUUGGAGCUCCGCUCAACCCCUCCCCCGCCUUCGGCGCACCACCGAUCCCCUCUCGCCCAGGCCCACCCAUCAACGCCUACAACAGCAACCUGGAUCCCUUCAGUGCACCCCCUCAGAUCCCCUCCCGGCCUGCCCGCGUCCCACCCGGUGUACCCAGCCGAAGACCCCCAGGCGCUCCUUCUCACCGGCCCACCAUUAUCCGCCCUGCCGAGCCCUCCCUGCUAGACUAGACCUGUGGCCAAGCCCACCUAAGUGUGUGUGUUUGUGUGUGUGUACAUCUACACACUAAGGGCCAGGGGCGGGGGCUCGAGGGGAGGGGCCGACUGAUAGUGGUGCAUAAUGUGCAUCGUCCAGCCGUAUUAAUAUGUCUCUUCAAGCAAUGUAAUAAGCUGCUAAUACUGUCUUCAUCAGUGCACACGAACGAGAGAAAGCCCUUAACCACUUGAAUAUUACAUUCGACUGCUGUGGCAAUUGUGUAAUACGAAAUAAAACCCAGCUGAUCUGUAGGAUUCAUUUAAGUUUUAUCAGAACGAGAUGAUGUAUCAAAUUCAGUUCAAGAGCUUUUUUUUUUAUUGUAAUAACUGGUGUAUUUCCUCUGACAAGGUUCCUGGCAGAAGCUCAUGAAAUAACUUAUUAACUGUUACGGGCUGGCUUUCCUCUCCCCUCCCCCCUCCUUUUUAGAUUGGCCCAGACCCCACGAGUCUCGAUCUCUAUGUAAUAUACACACUUAACCUGUUGUUAAUGUUUUACUGGGUUUUCAUUUUCUAACUGAUUUCAUACUGAAAAACAAUAGCUUAUUAUCACUGUCGUUAUUUUGGUGAUGUCGAUUACUUUUUUUUCCUUGUGUUAUUUUAUUCGAGCGACUUUGUCCUUUUUAAUGAACGUCAUAAAUGUAGCUUUAAAAAUGGAAUCCUAAUCGCAGAAAAAAAAACAAAAAAAGAAAGUAUAAAAAAACACGGGGCAGGGUUGCAUGAGACCGAGAGAGUAGCUUCAGCACCCCCCCCUUCCCUCUGUGAAUGAUCCUUCCACGAUAAAAAGAUGUCUGACAGAUUGACCGUUAUAAUCCGAGCACUUCUCGCCAUCUAGCCUUACAACAAGCCGCUCAUGACGGGGAUGUUGUAGUCCGUUACCAGAACACUAUGCACAAAAACCCGGGAGAGGGAGAGAGACGGGCUGAAGGCUGUCUGUCUUAGCAGGAUGCUUUCUCUCCACCAAUUCUGAGUUGUUAAAGCCUUGAAUUUUAAUCCCUUUAGACUCAGUUGAACCCCAAUGGGACUGUCAGCCUUCGGGUAGACUUUGUUCAUUCUGGAUUAGCCGAUUCAUAGAGCAGAGCACACAGUACUGUUUCCUCUCAGAGAGGAUAAAACUCGGCGAAGCAGUGGGGUGUGUAGACGAGGGUGUAUCUGUGAUUUAGAGUAUGAAGAUGGUAUUAAGCAUUUCGGAGUUGGCACAUCUCUUUCUGGGCUUAGUUGUCAGCACAUGUAUUAUUGCUAUCAGUUCUGCUUCCAUGCGUUAAAAUAUUGUUGUAUAUAGCUGGCCUAUACUGGGGAGUUAGCACUUGUAUCUCAUUUAAUGGCAGGGUUGAUGACAAACACAUGCUAUCGAUUAUAAUCAAAGCCCAACACGUUAAAAUGCAACUCUAGUUGUCAAAUUAAAGGAAGCACUAACACUGUCAGUUCUUAGAUUAACCUUGGGUGUAGGGAAAAAGAGAUUGGUCAUCUCCUGAUGCAUUAUUUAUAACCUGGGCAUUUGUCAUUUCAUUUGAUGUUUUUGGUUGCAGUUGUAUCAGCUCUGUGCAACUCGGCUCCCCAGCAUCUCCUGGACUGUUAUGUGGGGUUCCGCUGCAGGGGUUAGCUGUUUAAACUAGUUGUGUGCUGGGAGGGCACUUGGGGCUGGACAUUGUCGACACAUCUGUGAUUAUUUGAUAAUGAAUAUCUUUUGAUUGCUCUUUGGUAUUUGACCAUUUAAACCCAACUUUCCUUGAACAUGUUUAGGGGGAAACUGAUCGAGCGGGGAGUGACGUUGGGCUGGCAGGAUGUUUGGAUGUUUCUGUUUUUGGUUUGAUCAGUAGUGGUGGUGAGCAGGUGGCGGGAAUUGUGGUGUACCAAAGCACGCUCUGUCUAGAGAAGCUGUCUAAGCUAUUCUCUGUUCCCAGAACAGAGAAUAGAAACUUAAUUAGCCAACCUGGCAAGACAAAGAAACUGUAAAGAAUUCAAAACUGUCCCAAAACCGCAGCCUCUAGAGAUGGUGUGCUUUUUUCUUCCCCAUGUAAUCCUCUACAGGUCUGGCUUUCAGUGACAGUGCCAGAAGGAGCAAAAUAAGUUUAUAAAACAGUCCUGAAUCUUUAGUUUGAUGACAGUUUACAUUAGAUCAUCCACAGACCCCUGGUGCACAAAAGUUAGUAGUUCAUGUGAUAAAACUUCUUAUUGGCCAAAGCUUUUUGAAAUUCCCUCGUGCCUGUCACUCAGCCUGCCCUCGAGGAGCCCGGACUGUAAAUGCCCUGUAAUACAUUAGGUUGUGGCAAAACUGCCUCUCUGUACCCUGCAUCCUUCCUCUUUCCCUCCCCUUUCUGAAUCUGGUGGAAGGGGUUGGAAACCAACCUGCAAAAAUCUCUUUUCUUUUUGAUUGCAAACCCUUGUCAAGUGCCUCUGUAGCAAUUAAUUGAUUUGAAUAAACAACAUGGGCUGAUUUAGAAUGGAGAGUUAAUAAAGAGGUGUUGUGUACAAUAAAGGGACUGGCUCUGGUG